GACGGAUUCGCCGACACAAAUAUUUUCAGGUCCUGAUUGUUCAAUGGAAGAGGCAAGAUCGUCAAAGAUGGAGCCUCCUUACAAGCUGCAUAAUAUGUAUGGUAGCCAUAACAACUGCAUUAACACCAGCAGUAUUACUACCAGUAGCAACUGCCCCGACGUCAUGCCUCAGCCAAUCAACACAGUAGUAAAGAGUUUCCCAGCUAGUGCUGCUUCCAACGUCAAUGAACGGAAAUAUCAUUGUAAAAUAUGUCCGCAAGUUUUUGGUUCCAGGGCAGACUUACAGUUACAUGCUCAGGGCCACAUGCGAGAAACCAAACCUUACAAGUGUUCCCGAUGCUCCAAAGCGUUUGCCAACUCUUCCUAUUUGUCACAACACACUCGUAUUCAUCUGGGUAUAAAGCCGUACCGUUGUGAACUCUGCCAACGGAGAUUCACCCAGCUUUCUCACCUGCAGCAACACAUCCGGACCCACACUGGAGAUAAGCCCUAUAAAUGCCGUCAUCCGGACUGCAAUAAAGCUUUUAGCCAGCUUUCCAAUCUCCAGUCUCAUUCCCGCGGUCACCAAAAAGAUAAGCCCUAUAAAUGUAACAGUUGCUACAAAUGUUUUGCCGACGAGAAUAGCCUUUUAGAGCACAUUCCCAAGCACAAAGAAUCCAAACAUCUUAAAAUUCAUAUUUGCAUGCACUGCGGAAAAUCCUACACCCAAGAGAGCCACUUAUCUAAACACGUGCAGAAACAUGACAAGUGUUUGGAGAAAAGAUCACACCUGCCAUUUAGAGAAAGUCCGCAAUCGGUACCAUUCACUCUCUCAAGCCGGAUUCCCAUGGACAAUUUUUCUUCUAACAGUAUUUAUUCUGCAUCAAACCAUGACACUUCCUGUGCAGUUACUAAUCAUUUUCCACUCCCACACAUAUCUGAGACAUGUCUUCAGUCCAUUCUUAAUAACCACCCUCGGCUCCACACAACUUCAUUGGGUCUGGAACAUCGUCCACCGAUGGUUACAGAAACAACAGCGACUACUCAAUGCAAUUCUCGGAACCAUUCUAGUCUGGCUUAUAGUGACCAGAUGGGUUAUGAUGGUGUACCCCUUUCAGUGUCCACCUCGAAGACCAGUGCUGUUGUCACAAUGAUCCAGUCUGGCAUGUUGCCUAUUUUUUCUGGGGAUCAGAUGUCAAAGGCCGAAACUUCCCGAUCGUAUUUCCAAUACGAACCUAUUGAUGUUUCAAAAACAAGGUCCCAAAUCUGCUCAAUAGGCAUGAAAUCAAACCAGAAUAGCUUCCCCAACCAGCUAAUAGCAUUGCACCAGAUUAAGAACUACGCUUCUAUGACUGGAAAAGAACAUUCCAUUACUCUAAAGAAGAACAGCAAAGAAUAAACAUUUUCCAUGUUUAGAGCAGCAUGGCGAAUUGGCAAACAAUAUUCUUAGAACUAACUUUUUUUAAAAUCUAAAACGUGAACUUCACUUUCUGAAAACAAAAAAAAAGAUCUGAGAAUUGGCAAAUUAUUGACUCGAUAAUGGUUCAAAAGAAUUAAAGUUUCCCUAAGUGAUUUAUAAUCCCACAUACAGUAUAUCGGUAGUUUGUAGCAUAUUAUGUCGCAAUAACACCGAUAAUGAUAAUAAUUUUUAAUAAAUCUUUCUUUACCAAACCCAUAAGGUUCUAGUAAGAAGGACACAAAAAUAUUUAGAUCUUACACUUACGAAAUUAGUAAAGAAAUGCUUAUUAAAAAAAUAUUAUCAGUAUUUCUAAUUGCUACGUAAUAUCAUACAAACUACCAAUCUAUAGACCAUUCUUCGCCAGUAUAGGCGUUAUAUAUCAUAAUAAUGAAUGUAAUAGUUAAUUUGUGUUCGAUGUUCGUUUACAAAUUAUUUGUUGUGAUGUAAGUGAAAUCAAAUGACUAGAAAAAAUAUAUCGAUAUGUAUAGAUUUUGUUUCGGGUGAUGUAAAA